GCAGAACAGGAUGAGCUACCGCUGUAACACGCUGAGGGAAGGAAGAGGAGGAACACUGCUUCUCGUCUCCAGCUGCAGCCACAGCUCCAGCUUCACAGCCUUUUGUAUUGAGAAUCAGUGGUGCAGCACCAGAGAGGGAGCAGUAGCUCAGCCGGAGACAUCUGCAUCAGCCAGCCGUGCAGGAGCAGAGAGGAAACAGUAGCUCAGCCAGAGACAUCUGCAUCAGCCAGCCGUGCAGGAGCAGAGAGGAAACACGUUUAGCAGCACAAGAGUCACAUCUGUGACAAACCCGAAAGGAAGGACACUCUGACUGUUUGUCCUACGGUGGACUACAGUGUCCUGUGCCUGGUAGGACUCAAUGAAUCACAGUCCUGGCUGGUAGAGGGAUUCAUCGGGUUCAGUAGUGUGGAUGUAUGGAUGCUGUGAACUACAGCGCUGACUAGUGGGAUCCUGGGAGUGCGACGUUGUGGAUCAGCCUUUCAGACUUCAAGAAGAGAAAACAGGGAGGGGAUUGGGAAAGGUCUCACGCUCUCCCCUCAUCGUGACUACAACCCAUUUUCUAAGGUGGAGUUUCGAUCAGCCUUUCGUAUUGCCUGAAGAGAAAAAUAAAUCAGACAUCGCUUGCCGCACACCUAGCUAAUUCAUCUAAAUGUUUCAGCGUGGUAAUUUCCUUUAUUUUUUUCUCUACACCUCAUGCAUUUAUUUUCUGUCCUCGCUUUCAUCUCCCCAUCUGUAAUUUAGUAACUUAUUCUGUAAGCAUUACUAGGGCGGUACACGUUAGACAGUUAAUCCUUAUAUUAAGGCUAGGUAAAAGAUGUGUUCACGCUGGUCAGAUCUGAAGAGUCAGCAGAUACAUAGAGGUAAAAGAAAGGUUUAAACGUCAUGACAGACUAUGAUUUUUUUUUUUUUGUAGUAUACUAAAAUACAGAGAAAGCACAAUGAAGCUCUGAAAGUUCGGAAAAAACUCUAGAUCGCUAAGAGCUGAGAAUUCAAAAACACAUAAACUGGCUUAAACAUGUUUUUCUUCGAGGAGGGAUUCUUUUGAAAUAUCCACUAAUGGAGGGUGAUGGGACAUGGACUGUCUGACCCAUUCUUAUGACUGAGAGAGAUCCUCAUCUCUGGGCUGGCCACAGGACUCUACGACGGUAGAGAUCCUCAUCACUGCAACUUCAUUGAACUAAAGAGCACACAGUGUCUGAGGCCUGAAGACAGUUGAGUCAGCUCUGGGCUGGCCACAGGACUACGACAGUAGAUAUCCUCAUCACUGGAACUUCAUUGAACUAAAGAGCACACAGUGUCUGAGGCCUGAAGACAGUUGAGUCAGCUCUGGGCUGGCCACAGGACUACAACAGUAGAUAUCCUCAUCACUGGAACUUCAUUGAACUAAAGAGCACACAGUGUCUGAGGCCUGAAGACCGUUGAGUCAGCUCUGGGCUGGCCACAGGACUCUACGACGGUAGAGAUCUUCAUCACUGGAACUUCAUUGAACUAAAGAGCACACAGUGUCUGAGGCCUGAAGACCGUUGAGUCAGCUCUGGGCUGGCCACAGGACUCUACGACGGUAGAGAUCCUCAUCACUGGAACUUCAUUGAACUAAAGAGCACACAGUGUCUGAGGCCUGAAGACCGUUGAGUCAGCUCUGGGCUGGCCACAGGACUCUACGAUAGUAAUCCUCAUCACUGGAACUUCAUUGAACUAAAGAGCACACAGUGUCUGAGGCCUGAAGACAGUUGAGUCAGCUCUGGGCUGGCCACAGGACUCUACGACAGUAGAUAUCCUCAUCACUGGAACUUCAUUGAACUAAAGAGCACACAGUGUCUGAGGCCUGAAGACAGUUGAGUCAGCUCUGGGCUGGCCACAGGACUCUACGACAGUAGAUAUCCUCAUCACUGGAACUUCAUUGAACUAAAGAGCACACAGUGUCUGAGGCCUGAAGACAGUUGAGUCAGCUCUGGGCUGGCCACAGGACUCUACGACGGUAGAGAUCCUCAUCACUGCAACUUCAUUGAACUAAAGAGCACACAGUGUCUGAGGCCUGAAGACCGUUGAGUCAGCUCUGGGCUGGCCACAGGACUCUACGACGGUAGAGAUCCUCAUCACUGGAACUUCAUUGAACUAAAGAGCACACAGUGUCUGAGGCCUGAAGACAGUUGAGUCAGCUCUGGGCUGGCCACAGGACUCUACGACGGUAGAGAUCCUCAUCACUGCAACUUCAUUGAACUAAAGAGCACACAGUGUCUGAGGCCUGAAGACCGUUGAGUCAGCUCUGGGCUGGCCACAGGACUCUACGACGGUAGAUAUCCUCAUCAUUGGCACACAACAAACUAGCCUACAGAGUCUGUGCAGAGGCCACACAACACAGUGACUGACGCCCGAAGACAUCAGAGCUAGGAGGACCAGAUCCAGGACCAGAGCCGGGACCAGAGCCAGAACCAGGGCCGGGACCAGAGCCAGGACCAGAACCGGGACCAGAGUCAGGAUGGGGUGUAACAUGUGUGUGGUGAACCGUCCGGAGGAACAGUACCAGGUCAUGUUCCAGAAGGGGUACAUAAACGGGACACUGAGACCUAUUGAUGGAAACGGCAACAAGGUCAAAGGAAGGAGACCAUCCCAGCUACCCAAGGAGAGAAAUAUUCCAAACUCCAACUCCGAGGAUCCUUUGUCGCUCCAGGUGGUGGGGUGUAGAGGCUACCGGAGGAAAGGUGGCGCCAUGGGUAAUGUAGGCACCAUGGGGCUGGUGUCCAUCCCAGACUGUGUGGAUAACUGCACUCAGACUGACAUUAGCUUCCAGAAUAUUCUGACCGUGGGGAUGUCAACCCACCACCAACCCCACGGGGGCUCCUCGCCCACGCAAUCACCACCCUCUCCUCCACUGCCUCACCUCAUGGACCCUUAUGUACUGAAUGAGUUCUGUACCUUCGAGUACAAUGAUCCCAACGACUACUUUGACAUAACUCACCACGAGGUGGACAGGCAGGUGGAACUGGAGUACGAGGAGGUGGAGCUGUAUAAGUCCAGUCAACAGAACAAGCUGGGGUUGACAGUGUGUUACUGUACGGAUGAUGAGGAGGACCUGGGUAUAUAUGUAGGAGAGGUCAAUCCCAACAGUAUAGCAGCGAAGAACGGACGUAUCCGUGAAGGAGACAGAAUUCUGCAGAUAAAUGGUGUUGAUAUCCAGAACAGAGAAGAGGCGGUGGCCAUUCUGACCAGAGAGGACAGCAUCAACUUCUCACUGCUGCUGGCCAGACCUGACAUUGAGAAUGAGCACCAGGGGGACCCAGAGGAGGUGGAUAUGGAGCUUCCUGUCGGCAUGAAUGUUGAGGCCCUCCACACAUCCCUCCUGCCCAGCCUCUACAGAGAGGGGGCACACCCCCCCACCCACAUCCUUAGUCUGACUGCUCUCAGUAACAGUCAGGAGCUGGACAGUGGCGUGGGCCGGACAGACGAAAGCACCCACAACGCUGAGUCCUCCGAACACGACCUGCUGGGAGAGGACCAGGACCAGACCAGCGCCCCCAACACCAACACAACCAACACCCCAGGCAGCAUGAGGAAGUUCAGGCCUGGGAAUACACCCCCCGUCCCCCCGCUGUCCCACCUCCAAGAGAUUCACCUCAGUAAUGACUCCCAGCCCAGGGUGGGGCUGUACGGAGGAAAGGGACUGGGAGGGGCGAUGGGGACGGGUUCGGGGGGGUACGUCCCCGACCCACUGAUGAUGAUGAUGCCGGGUCUGACGGAAGAAGAGUGCGAGAGGUACAGGGAGCUACUGGAGAUCAGGUGUCAGUUUCAAAGGAACAGGAAGCUGGCCGAGAGAAGCCAGGGAGGAAGAUCAGGGGGUGAGGAGGAGGAGGAGGAGGGCGAGACGUGUGAGGAUGAAGUGGGGAGUGACCCAACAUUCGACGUAAACUGCAACGAGAUCCCGACGCAACACGAGAUGGCAUUGUUAGAGGAGGAACUACGCCACCUAGAGUUUAAAUGUCGCAACAUCCUGAGGGUGCAAAAGAUGCAACAGCUGAGAGAACGAUGCAUGAAGGCGUGGCUUCUGGAGGAGGAGGUGGUGAUUGGCCGUGGAGCCCUAACCCCUGGUCCUGACUCCGCCCACGACCACGACACAGACCCAGAGCCCGCCAAUGAGAUCCACCGCGAGCUGUCGGACAUCAAUGAGCUCCCUGAGCGGGAGAGGUCCGACCCAGACCCAGACCCAGACCAGGACAAAGACAGCACCAGUGCCUACAACACCGGGGGAGAGAGCUGCAGGAGCACCCCUCUGGUCAGCACCGAGUUACUCCCCCUCCUGUCUCUGUCCAUCCAGGAGGAGGGUAGAGGAGGGGACUCCCAUCACCACAGCCGAGACCGGGCCGACAGGGUUGGGUCUGGGCGGGGAUGGGAGAGUGGAGGACAUGGUAGUCUGAACGGUUCCUUCACUCCCAACACCUACAGGAAGUACCAGAUCCAGACGACCAACGCCAGCACAAGCCCCGCCCAUCCUAAUUACCUGUCUCUGACCCAGGGGGGCGAAGGUGUCGGGGUGGGGUCAUCAUCACGGAGGGGGAUAGCUGAGGGCGGAACAACCACAACACCCCCACGGAAGCCCCCCAGAACUAACCCCACCCACCACGACAGGUCAGGGGGUCGAAGCGCAGAGACCAGCCCAUACUUCACCCGGCGUCACCGUGGCAACAAGCCUCCGGCACCGGAACGCCACCAGAGCUGCAUGCGGCUGCCAUCAAGGAAUCCUGAGGUCCGGAUCGACUCCCUGGACUCUAUAGACCGAGCCAUGGUCCUGGGGAUGGGGCUGGGGCUGGAGGAGAGAGGGGCUGCGGCGGGCAGCAGUGGUCACACCAGUCCCAGGAGUGCUAGUGGAGCCCCAGCUGGCCCCACCAAGGCCCAGGACAGCCUCACCAAGGCCCAGGACAGCCUCACCAAGGCCCAGGACAGCCUUACCAAGGCCCAGGACAGCCUCACCAAGGCCCUCCCCCUACACCUCCCUCUGCAGCUGGGGCCAGACUCAUCUCGCAUGGAGUGGAAGGUGAAGAUCCGUAGCGACGGGACGCGCUACGUUGCCAAGCGACCAGUGAGGGACCGUCUCCUUAAAGCCCGGGCCAUUAAGAUCAGAGAAGAGCGCAGUGGCACGACGACAGACGACGACGCGGUUAGCGAGACGAAGCAGGGACGCUAUUGGUCGAAGGAGGAGCGUAAACGGCAGCUUCUGAGGGCCAGGGAGCACCGGCGGCGCCGCGAGUUCAUGAUGCAGAGCCGGCUGGACUACCUGAAGGGAGACGGAGCGCCACAGGCGGGGGUGGGGGGGGGCACUAUGGAUAGGAAGGCUGUAGGAGGACCUCCGGGCCUGCAGGGGGAGCCAGGCGGUAGUCCCAGUAUCCUGGCCCUCAGCCAGAAGAAGCUAAAGAAGAGGAACAGGAGGAUCCUGGAUAACUGGAUCACCAUUCAGGAACUACUGGCUCAUGGAUCCAGGUCGCCGGACGGAAAGAAGGUGUACAAUCCUCUUCUCUCUGUUACUACGGUGUGAUGGAGGGAUGGGAGGAGGAGAAGAGAGCAGAGGGAGAAGAGGAGAAAGAAGGUCUACAAUCCCCCAGCUCUGUUACUACGGUGUGAUGGAGUGAUGGGAAAAGGAUGUAAAUAAAUCCAACCCAAGAGGAGAUGCAGGACAACAAACAGAAAAAGGCUGUAUGGUUUACAUAAUAUGGACAGAGAGAUUAACAGCAUCUGCAGCUAAAAGGUAGAAUUAAAUGAGAAAUAACAUUGUUAAAGAGGUUGAAGAAGACUGAGCGGGAAGAGAAAUGGGUUUCCACUGUAAAUCAGGCACGCAUUGUAAACAAACUGUAUGUCAACAUGUGAUUCAUCCAUAGGAAUUUAAUGAAUUACUAGAGAUCGAGAGCGAUGAAGAUGACUUUUGUGAUUUUUAUAGGAGACUUUUAGUCUUCUUGGCGAUAGCACGGAAUAAACACUGUUUAUUCAGCUUUGUAGAACGUCUCCAGUGCAGAGCUUCAUAGUAGCCAGCUGCUUUCUGUUUUAGAGAAUUAAGCUUUUUUUAAAUGAAUUCCAGAAACCCAUUUUACUGAUGUAUACAGUGGGGAGAACAAG